AGCCAAGGGCCCAUGUCGUACUUCAUCCCGCCGGUCAACUAUGGCAUGAUCGAGGAGGACCUCUACCGCAGUGGCAUCCCGAACGAGCUCAACUUCCCCUUCCUCGAGCGCCUGAACCUGCGCAAGAUCGUGUACCUCGCGCCGGAAGAGCCCAACCCGCAGCUCUUGAGCUUCGUCGAGGAGCAAGAGAUCGAGCUCGUCGUCCUCGGCGGCAACACCAAGCUCGAGAGCCGCCGGAAGGCGUGGGAGCCGAUGAGCGAAGAGACGGUCCUCGCUGCCCUCGACAUCCUCCUCGACCGCUCCAACUACCCGCUCUUUUUGACGUGCCACCUCGGCCGCGACCGGACCGGCGCCGUCGUCGGCUGCCUCCGCAAGAUCCAGCAGUGGCACCUCUCGUCCAUCUUUGAGGAGUACCGGCGCUUUGCCGGGUCCAAGGUUCGCCUCCAGAACGAGCAGUUCAUCGAGCUCUUCGACACAGACCUCGUGACGAUCCCGACCAACCCGCCCAACUGGAUCAAGACCCACAUGAUCGCAGGUCCUUAAGCUAACUACAUGCUUCUCUUCC